GUUCCGUGGUCGGGACAAUUUUCAUCAUUUUCCCAGCAAUGGAGAAUAGUUUCGUUGCAAACUAGUGGUUCUACUGCGCGUUCAUUGACUUCGCUUAGCGUUUUUAGUGUGAAACAGCGGAAAAAUUGUAGUGAAAAGCGCUUUUUAGCACUUUGCAAAAAAGAAGAAAAGAAAAUUAGUGCUGGCGAAUGAGAAAAUAAUUGCACAGUCCAACGAGUGUGCCAGCCAGGCAGUGCGAUGAAGUUGAAGCGAAGGCAAAGGGACUACUGAGUUUUUUUUUCUUGUAUGAAGCAUUGUGAUUAUUUGAACCUAGAAAGGUUUUUCAUCGUUUCGCAGUAGACCACGAGCCGUGCAAAAAAAUGGUGCCGGGGACAAAGUGUUGAAAAAAGAAAAGUGGCCAAAUGUAGGUAUAGAUUACUGGCUUGUGAAAGAAGACAGUGCGUGCUACUGGGUGAACGAGAAUGCAAAGAUCAAAUCGAAUUGGAAAAGUAAGCGAUUGAUUUAGCGAAGAAAAGUGAGGUUUUCUGGGAUGUUUCGAAAGAUUUUCGUUACCUUACGGUGGUGUUAGGUUGUACAAAGCGAAAAUUUUUGCUUUCGAACUAAUGAAGACGUUAGAGAAAGUUUGUAAAUUCAACCAUAUGCAAAGUUAAAAAGUUGUUUAGUGGCCAAGCGUGCAUGUGUGAGUGAAUCCUAGCGGAGUGUGUGUUUCGCGUAGAAUUAUCUCCGGCAGAGCCGCCGAGCCGAGCGAGCAAAACGUGUGUGCAUGUGUGUGGUUCAGUGCCGUCAGCAGAGAUCGUGUAUGCGUUCGGUGUGAUGGCCGAUAUUUCCACGGAACGAAAUAAUAAUAAAAAUAAUAUUAAUAAUAACAUCAGCCGAAGCCAUCGACGACAGCUAAUGAAUGAAGAAGUGAAACAAGUAAAAUAAAAGAAACAGCCAAGGCAAAAAACAUCAGCAAGCAACAGCGAAGCGAAGACAGUCACCGACAUUCAUUCUAGCAGCGGCGGGAUUGUCCAUGUAAGGACACUACCAGAUACAUUGAGCCGAGUGUGACUGUGGUUGUGUCGAAAGUGCUACGGUUUUGGUGACCACUACCAGCAACGUUAUCACCAAUAAUAACACCGGCGGAGGUAUCAACACGUGCAACAACAAUAGCAACAGCAAGGACAACGGUAGCGGCAGCGGUACCGUCGUAGUUGCGGCCACCUCGGGGGCUAUGGGUGCCCCAUCAAACGGCACCAAGACGGCACAUUCAAAGAUUGCAACCGGAGGAGGUCAUGCCAACACGCAGACCUCCAGCAAGCGGUCGAGCAGUGGAGCCGAUGGCGACUACCAGCUGGUACAGCACGAGGUGCUGUACUCGCUGUCCGCACAGUAUGAGGUGUUGGAGUUCCUCGGUCGGGGCACAUUCGGCCAGGUGGUUAAAUGCUGGAAGAAGGGCACCAGCGACAUCGUCGCCAUCAAGAUUCUCAAGAACCAUCCGUCGUACGCGCGCCAGGGCCAGAUCGAGGUGUCGAUUCUCUCCCGGCUGAGUCAGGAGAAUGCGGACGAGUUCAACUUCGUGCGGGCGCUCGAGUGCUUUCAGCACAAGAACCACACCUGCCUGGUGUUCGAGAUGCUGGAGCAGAACCUGUACGAUUUCCUGAAGCAAAACAAAUUUUCGCCGCUGCCGCUCAAGUACAUCCGGCCGAUCCUGCAGCAGGUCUUAACGGCAUUGUUAAAACUAAAACAGCUCGGUUUAAUUCAUGCGGAUCUGAAGCCUGAAAAUAUCAUGUUGGUCGAUCCGGUUAGGCAACCUUACAGAGUAAAGGUUAUCGAUUUCGGCUCGGCAUCGCAUGUAAGCAAAACGGUGUGCAAUACGUACCUGCAGUCUCGCUACUACCGGGCGCCGGAAAUCAUCCUCGGUUUGCCGUUCUGCGAGGCCAUCGAUAUGUGGUCGUUGGGCUGUGUCGUAGCGGAGCUGUUCCUCGGGUGGCCCCUGUACCCGGGCUCCUCUGAGUAUGAUCAAAUCAGGUACAUAUCGCAGACACAGGGACUCCCAACAGAGCACAUGCUAAAUAGUGCCAGCAAAACGGCCAAGUUUUUCUAUCGGGAUGUGGAUUCGACGUAUCCGUUUUGGCGGCUGAAAACACCGGAAGAGCAUGAAGCGGAAACUAACAACAAAAGCAAGGAGGCUCGAAAAUACAUUUUCAACUGCCUGGACGAUAUAGGUCAGGUGAACGUUCCGACCGACAUCGAGGGAGGUCAACUGCUGGCCGAGAAGACGGACCGGCGGGAGUUUAUCGAUUUGCUGAAACGAAUGCUAACGAUCGAUCAGGAACGGCGAAUAACACCGGGCGAAGCGCUGAACCAUCCGUUCACCACGCUGGCCCAUUUGGUCGACUAUGCCCACUGCAACAAUGUCAAAGCGUCCGUCCAGAUGAUGGAGGUGUGCCGCCGGACGGACUCGAUGAUUCACACAUACAACCUUAGCGUUCAACCCACGACAGCCACCCUGGUGACUAACUUCGUCCCGAAUGCUACGGAGAACAUGACCAUCACGUUCAACAACCAAGUGCAACGAAUCGUUCGCGAGCGAGGUCCCACGUACGACAAUCAUCUGUACCAGAUCUACCGCGGACGGAAUGUGGGUAGCCAGUACAGCAACGGUCGGCCGGAUGCAUUCCAGCAUCAGUUGGUGUCGAGCAUUCUUUGUCCCCCCGGCUACCAGACGAUGCCGAGCCCGACGAAGCACGUGGUCGUGGGCGGAACGUCGAUGCAGCCACCCCUGCAGGUUCCACCGCAGCAGUAUGUCAACGUUCCCGUUCCGGUGUCGAUGGUCGAACCAUCCAGUGGUCAGCGGAUGUUGCUAACCAAUGCGGUUCAACCGAACGUUGCCUGGCCCCAGAGCGGACGCCAGGUGGCGAUAGUGCCAUCGUGGUCACAGCAAACCGGACCGCACUCGCUGAUUGUCGAUUCGGCGCCGUUUCUCAAUGUGGAGGAGAUCUAUCCGAAGCCGCACUUGAACAUCCAGACCAGACACGAACCGAAGAAGGAAUCGCCGGUGCAUCAUUUGGUUGUCUCCCGCCACGACAAGAAGGAAAACAACCAGCUCUCACCGGUGAAGAAGCGCGUCAAGGAGAACACUCCGCCGCACCAGCAGAGGUACAACAAUCGGACUCACAUGUGCCAGCAGUAUCACGAUGUGGGUGGUCCAUCGUCGUCGUCGUCUUCGUUCUACCAUGGUGGUGGUAACAGCAGUAGCAGCAGCAGCAGCAACCAGUUGCAACUUCAACAGCAACAGCAGCAGCAACAGCAAAAUCAGCAGCCAUCAUCGCACCACCAUUCGCAUCAAUCGCAUCAGCAGCAGUCCCAGCAGCAGCCUCCGCCGCCAAUGCAGCAGGCCAGUAGCGGAAGUAGCGGUCAUCAUCACCACCAUCACUACCAGUCGAUGGAGCCCAGCCAAAGCAGCAGUGGCAGUGGCGGUUUGGGAUCGAACAAUGUACAAAUUCACCAUUCGUCAUCGUCGUCGUCCUAUGGAGGCGCUGGUAAUAGCAGCAGCAUGAUGAUGGGUGGAAGUGGAAGCAUUUACCACAGUUCUAGCAGUAACCACCAUCACGGUGGAAGCAGCAGCAGCCACAUACACCACAGUCACAGCCACAGUGGCGGAUUGAACAGCAAACAGCAGACGAUUACUAUCCACGACACGCCAUCACCGACGGCGGUCAUUACAAUCUCGGAUAGCGAGGAUGAAACACCGGAAGUCAAGCAGCAACAACAGCUAUCCAAUAGCUCCAAGUCACAACAGCAUCAGUCGACUAGUAUGUGUGGCGGAGGGCCAGGAACCAGUAGUGGUCAGCAUCUUCGAGGACACCCAUCUUCUAUCAGCGGAGGCGGUGGUAGUUCUUCCUCUUCCUCGAAUCAAUGUAGAACAAAUAUGGGUAUGAGUGGCAACAUAGGCGGAGGAAGCAGCAUGAAUUGUGGCAUCAAACAAUCCUCAUCAUCAUCGAACAUUCAUCACUCAGCCUCGUCAUCGUCGCUUAUUGCACUGAGCCAGCAACCACCACCUCCGAGUAGCAGCGGUUCUCACCAUCAUUCGUCCCAGUAUCACAUGCAGCAUCCACCACAACCACAUCUGCAUCCUCACCAGCUGCAGCAGCAGCAACCGUCACAGCAUCAUACUAGUGUGAUCAGCAGUGGAAGUCAAGCUGGUGGUAACAGCAUAUGUGGUGGAGGAGGCAGCAGUGGCAGCAAUACCGGAACUUUGUCCGGUAGACAAAGAAAGAGCACUGCUGUGGCUUCCACAUCGACAGCCUGCGUUACUGUGGGCGACAGCGAUGGAGAGAAUGAUAGACGCAUUACACCUAAACAUCAAACUAUCAAAUACGAACAACAUGUCGGUCAGUCGCAAAAGAAGAGAUUACUAGCGAUGGCACAGAACGAAUGUCUUCUAUCCUCAACGAAUCAGUUGCACGUGCCGAAACAGGAACCAACCGAGUUUAUCGCUUACGAAUACCCUCAGGUAGACAAACGCUCUUCGUGGGCUCCACCAGGUUCUUCGUCGCACUAUAGUGGAAAUGGAAGCAGUGGCAGCGGUCAUAAGCGGGAACCAUCCAACUAUAUGCCAUCAGCUUCGUCGUCGUCAUCGAUCAACCAGAGUGGCAAUGGCGGCGGAAGCAGUAUGAUGUGCGGCAACAGCAUGGGCGGAUCGGCCAUCGUGGCUGCUCCUCCGCACGCACACGCCAAGAACACUCCAACGGGCAGUGGAUCAUCGUGGGGAGCACCGGUCUACAGGCAGCACCAACAGAGCUCAAACACUCCGCUGGGAAGCUCACCGGGGGCCAUUCUGCAGCAGCAGGAUAUCUACGCCCAGGGUGACAUCUAUCGGCGAUCGGCGGUCUUCGUGUCGCAGGCACCCUAUCAGACGUACAACCGGGUGGUGCCACCGCCGGCUCAUAACGCUUCCAGCAGACAGGUUCUUCCUACGCAUCCCCUUCCGGCGCACAUUCAGUUCCCGACACAGUACAGCCAGUUCGGUCCGCUAAGCCCUGCGCAGAUUGCCAGCAAACAUUACGCCUGGUUUGGGGAGUAAGAAAAAUUCCGGCGAAUAUCCCUAAAACCGUGUCGCACUGAGAUGACUGGGAAAACCAACAACCCCAGCACAACCUAAUGGAAGCAAAUCAAGAUUGUUAGAAGAAGCAGAAGAGCAGUUGAAAAUUUUUACCCCGCGGUACUUGGAGUACCGCGUUUUUUUUCUUUUUCUAGUAUUUUUGUGAGAGUAAUUUUCCUGCAUAAUGAUAUAUUUUUAGACAUUUAUGCAUUGUAAAGCGCUGUCUUAACUGAGACUUAUCAGGUUAUAUUAGUACAUUAUAUACAUGUUUCCUUGUCGUUUCCGUUUGUUUUUCUCGUGGGAGAGAAAAAAAAAUUACACUCACAUUAGAUGCUAGGAGCGUGCGCAAAAGCUGCAAAAAUACAGACACAAUAACUAUUAGUUUAGGGCUUUAUUUGUUCGUUUCAACAAUUUACUAUUGUCACCAUAAUUACGCUAAACUAAAAACAACAAGAAAUCGUAGGCCGUAGGGAUGAAAUUCAUCAUUUUUAAUCACCUUUCCCUCCUCUCGUAAACUAGUUAGAGGUUAUAUACAUAACGUACAUACACGCAGGAAGUAAAUCUAUACGUUGAAUACACGAUAAACAGUUGCUGAAAGAGUUAAAACAAACUUCCUAGGAUGAUAGGACAACAAUGUGUAGUGUCUAAUAGUAUUUAGGAGCCGCCAGCCCUCUUCCGGUUUGCUUUCUUACGAAAAAGUACAUGUGAAAUUCAGUGCGGGAGGGGAUGCGCGAGCUAAAUGUGAUUUUUAUCUAAUACUUAGAUGUAGUAAGAAAUUGUUUGGAUUAAUUAAUGCUCCAACCAUGCCACGCCGCUAACAUUAUUGCAACUUUCGGCAUUGUUGUAACACAGAAAGGAAAGAAAUCAUUAACCGAUGAUGAUCAGUCAGUCAGUCAGUCAGUCAGAGAGAAGAAGUGUGCGAAACGAAAAAUCAGCAUGAGUUUUCUUUUUUUUUUAGGUCGACCACAAUUUAUAUUAUAAUAGAUCUCACCGUUUCCUGCCCUUCCUCUAGAGGCGCAUCGUCUGCUAGCCUAGGCGUCGUUUGUCGGCCGCUGAAAAGCGCUGUAUUGUAUCUUUUCCCGCUUCCGGAGGAAAAUUUGCUAGCGACGGAAAACUGAAAAGAACACACACACACAACCGACAGAAAACACAAGACACCUUGCUAGGUUCAUAGUUUUUAGUUUUUUUUUUUUGGUUUUUGUAAAUAUAGGAUAGUUCCACGGAGAAGGAAGGAGGAGGAAAGCAGCAAAAGAAAAAAAAAUACUGAAACAAUAAUAUAUUUUUGUGCAUAUUUUAUAUUUAUAUAUCAGUAGUCAGCAAAAAAUCAAAUAGAAACAAGUACUAAAGGUUAAAUUCGAUCGAUCUUGGAAAUCAAAGGCACAGUGGAAUACAAAACCGUAUUUGGACAGGGGAUAAAUAUAAUUUUUGUAGCAGAUGGACUGAUGAUUGAUUUGUUUGAUUAGCUGGUUGAAGCUCUGCAAUUGUACUACUCGGAGGAGAUUGUUAAGUUUUUAAUGGUUCUUCUGACACUGUCUAACAGAAGGACAUAUGUACAGAAAAUUUUGGUUCAGGCGAUGGGAAAUAGUUAAAUCAAACGGAAUCGGUUUCAUAUUUUGUAAACGAAUGCUAACGAAAAGCUCCAAAGUAAUGUCAUUUUUACACAAUUAACAGCAACAGUUUGGUUUGCAGUUUAGGAAAGGGCGUUUUAAUAUUGUGUGAGUUGUCACAGUGGCAGGGAUAUUCUGCUCGUAAAUUUACUGUCUCCUAAAUUCCAAGGUUAUAAUCUGUUUAGGAAAGUUUGUCUGUUUGAUCAAAAUAAUUCUUCUAUUUCAUAUAAAUUGAUGCUCUUAAGGUGAAAUUUUAUCUAAAAUUUUGUUAAAAAUUCUAUUCCAGUCCCACCCUAUUCUCACAUUACUUUCUAGCAUCCAGCGCCGAGAGAAUCACUCCGGUAGGCAGUUGUGAAGAUGCUCUGCCAGCGUAUUAUCAACGUUAGUUCUGCGCUAAACUGUCCUAUGUAUUGCAAAUGCGUAGAAAUACAAUAUCGUCAGUUCAAAAACUUUGAACAGAAAAUAAAAAAAUAAAACAGAAGCGAAAAGCGAAUAUACAAAUUGCCUUAUACAAAUAUAACAAAUUAUCGUAUUAAUUAACUACUAACUGUAUUCAGAUAAAAAAGAAAAUAAAACAGAAACAGAACAAACUGUGCAUGAGGUAGAGCAAGCAACACAUGAGUGUAUGUAAAAUAUUCGAAGUGAACCACAAACAAUAAGCUGGUGCGGUGUUACGUAGAUAGCCAGCUUCCCCUAGAUAGAACUGUUUAGCUUUCCUUCUGUAAUUAUUAAAUGAUUGUAAAAAAAAACACACACACAGACAAACAAUUACGAAACCAGAAUUGGCGUUUUCCCCCGAUUCAGAUGCGUGUAUAAACCGAAGCAAGAUUAUACUCGUUUUUAACGUUUUCAUAUUGUGAUUUAUUGAAUUGAAACUAUCGUGUACACAUACUUUUAGGUUUACGAAGGCUAUAAUUUUGCAAUUCUUAUUUUUUUUUCGGGUGGCGAUUGUUCACAUUAGCUUAUAUAUGCAAUUACUUUUACUUGUUCUUUUUCUUAUCUCAACUCAUUAGUUGCAAGUUGAUUCGUUUUUAACAGAAAUAAUAAUAAUCACUGUUGCGUACACUCCAGAGGAUUAUAAUCACUACAAAGUAUAAGCAACAAUAACACAUAAAAGAAUGGAAAAAUAAACACAUACACACUCACACACUUUACUAAAUAAUAAUUCAAUCAAUUUAGAGAGACUGGAAAUUUCUAUAAAUAUAUAUUAAAAUAUCAAUUAGGUUUUAUGUGAAACUACUAUUUUGUACGGCAAAUACCGGUAUAACGACAAACAAAUGCUAUUAAUUACUCUUACCUACUAUUAUUAUAAUUAUUCUUAUCAUUAUAAUCAAAGUAAUCGGUUGGUCAAGAUUUACCUAUAAUUAAAGCUAAUUGCGAGAGCCGCGCUCACUUUUUUUUAAACUAAAAAAAAACACAGAACACAUACACACUCACAGCCAAGCGCGCGUGCAUGCAUGCAAACUGCGAGAGAUUAUAGUAGUGGUUGUUUCUGGUGUAGACUUAGCCGGUAAUUAACGGAGAAAGUAAGCAAACAAACAAACAAAGCAAAACAAAACAAAAACAGUCAACGUAAUAACAUUUUUUUUCGCUAAUAUAACUUGUUUCACCCAGGCAGAAGAAGACAGGCCAACAACUUUUUGCAAGUCAGUAACUUUUAACGCGCGCGGUAACGUUUAGUUUAGUCAGUGCAGUUUAUAAUCGAGUAUCUAUAUAAUAGUAGGGGGUUUCUAAUUUUCCAUUUACUUUUUAGCCAUCAGCCAGCCAGCAAAAGCCAGCCGCAGCCGAGCGAGCGAUUCGCGCUGCUAAGAGUUAAGUGAGUUAGACUGUCCAGCCAGCCAGCUAAGAAUUGCGAUGAUUAUUAUGAAUCGGUGUUGUGAAGUAGAGAGAUAUUUAGCUAGAAGGUAGAAAACAUAGAAAGUGAAGCGCUGUUCUUGAAAAAUUACAAUUAUCACGGAUUAACUAAUGAAAUAGCCACUGACUGAUGGGGUUUUUGUAUCGUAUAGAGUUAGGGGUAUUUUCUUUGAACAAACAUAUGGCUUUCCGUUGGCGCGCUUCAGUUUCACUGCGUAUGGUUCGUUUCAGAAGACGGUAAUUUUUUUCUUUUUGUUGCAGUGGAUUGCAGUUUGGUAGGAAGAUAAUCCCUAAUUGCCUUUCGUUCUUCUCUUUGUCACAAGUGUCAGUAUCAGUUUAGAUUUGUCGUUUUUUAUUUCACUGGAUUCAGUUUACUAAUCUAUAUAUUGGUACAGUGUAAUUUGGUAGAAUGAAAUCGUCACGCCCACCCCCGCUGGAUGCGGGGUUCUAAUAUUACAGUAUGUGUUUAGGGAACAAACUUGUGUAUGUGUUAGUAGUUUCUUUUUUGCUGGUUCAUUUUAUUAAUAACUAAUAAUGCCUUAUUCUGAGUAUAUGGAUUAUAUAUGCAAACAUUUUAUAUGAAACAAAAGGGAGUUAAAAAACUAGUUACAAAAAAUACAAAUGCUGAACAAAACAGUAAUGCAAUUAA